GGAGAACAAAAAAUCCCCUUUUCACUUAGGGUUUAUGAGAGAUUGGAAGCGUUUGAAGCUAGAGAAGACGAAUCCGGUGACAUUGUUGGUUGAAAUCGAGAUAGAAGACGAAGUCGCGUUUUGAUUCUCGUUCCAAUGAGGUGAGAACAUCACUCUCAUUUCUGACAUGCAUAGAGGCUUGAUUCAUGGGAUUUCUACUGAGUUACCAAUGGCAGAGCAUCGAGCUUGUGCUAGGCAUAUCUACUCUAACUUGAAGAAAAAUCACAAGGCUGACAUGUUGAAGCCAUUGUUCUGGAGAGUUGCAAGCAGUUACAACAGUGGUGAUUAUAAGGAAAAUUUGGCUAUUUUCAAGGAGUUUGAUGCACAGGCUUGUCAGGCUCUACUUCAAAAGGAUCCAACUACAUGGUGUAGGGCAUUCUUUAGGGUUGGUUGUUGUUGUGCUGAUACACACAACAAUCAUACAGAGUCAUAUAAUAGAACUUUGAAGAUUGCAAGGAGGAAGCCGUUUGUCCAGAUGUUAGAACUAAUAAGAAGAGAUGCAAUGCAAAGAGUAGCCAACAGGUCCACUAUUGCUGAAAAAGAAACUGCAAAGUUCACCAAAAAAGCAAGGACAGAAGUACAGAAAUCAUGUGAAGGAGCUCAAUAUUGUGCAAUGGUUAGAACCACUGGCGGGGAGUAUGAGAUUGUUGAGUUUGGAAUGGGAUAUGCAGUGAGCUUGAGUGGUCGUACUUGUGCAUGUAGGAUGUGGGAUUUGACUGGUAUUCCAUGUCGUCAUGCUAUAUGUGCAAUCAGGGAAAUGAAUUUUGAAGUGGAAGACUACAUCUCAGACUAUUACUUGACUGCAAAAUGGCAAGAGACAUAUAGGAGAGGUUUGAAACCUGUGAAUGGAUCUAAAUUCUGGCCAGAUUCAGGAAGACCAAGGAUUGCAGCACCACCUUUCAAGCGUCCUGCUGGGAGACCAAAGGGUAAAGCAAGGAUCAAGGGUUUAAAUGAAUCACCACGCAAAAAGAAAUCUGAAACAAAAGUUGGUCGGGAAGGAAGAAUAGUGCAUUGUGGUCUAUGUGGUGAAGCUGGUCAUAAUUCAAGAAAGUGUCCUCAUGAGUCUCCAGAGAGCAGGGCAAAGAGACUGAAACAAAACGAUAUCCCUCAAUUGGAAGCUCAAGAUCAAGCUGAAAUGGAAGCAGCUUUUGCAGCAAUGGAACAGGCACCUCCUGAGACUCAACCUGAAGUGCAAGAUGUUUCUUCAUCCGCACCUCAGAUUAGCUUUAUCAAUAGGAUACUAUUUGGAUGAGUGGAUGGUAUGUAGAGGGUGUAGGAAUUUUUUG